ACGAGCUGGCCGGGACCUCGGUCCAGUUGUCCGAUCCCCUAUUCCUUUGGCUUCCAUACCAGUUCUUAGCAGCUCUGUUGUGGACUACUGAUAUAUAGAGACAACGAUUCCGCCUUUUGGGGUCCGUCCCUCAAGCAGCACCAAGAUUCAGUCAUUCACUUGUUGAAGACAGCUUGUACAGCGGCUUCGAUCAGUACCACAAUGACCAAGAAGCUCCUCCUCACCGCCGCCCUUGCGGUGGCCUCUCUGGCAGCGCCUAUCGUUGAGGAGCGCCAGAAUUGCGGUUCGGUUUGGAGUCAAUGCGGCGGCAAUGGCUGGUCUGGCGCCACUUGCUGUGCGUCUGGAAGCACUUGUGUCGCCCAAAACCCCUGGUACUCCCAGUGCUUGCCGAAUAGCCAGGUGACCACCACCGCAGUCACCUCCUCCCGCUCCACUACCUCUUCCACAAGGACUUCCAGCACCAGCAUCAGGAGCACCAGCACCAGCAGCGGUACCAGCACUUUAACUAGUUCAACUUCAUCCACUUCGGUGAGAACUACAUCGACCACCACGGCCCCUGGAGGCGGCGCAACAACCACCGCCAGCUACACCGGGAACCCGUUCCAGGGAGUCCAGAUGUGGCCCAACAGCUACUACGCUUCCGAGGUCCACACACUCGCCAUUCCCAGCCUGACAGGCUCAAUGGUAGCCAAGGCUUCUGCCGUCGCCAAGGUUCCGAGCUUCCAGUGGCUCGACAGGAACGUCACGGUCGACACCCUCUUCUCGGGGACUCUGGCAGACAUCCGGGCCGCCAACAAGGCUGGCGCCAACCCUCCGUAUGCCGGCAUCUUUGUCGUCUACGAUCUGCCCGACCGUGACUGCGCCGCCGCGGCCUCCAACGGCGAAUGGGCAAUUGCGAACGGCGGCGCAGCCAACUACAGGGGUUACAUUGACCGGAUCCGUCAACUCAUCCAGCAGUACUCGGACAUCCGCAUUCUGCUGGUCAUUGAGCCCGACUCGCUCGCCAACAUGGUGACCAACAUGGGCGUCGCCAAGUGCAGCAACGCGGCAGCGACGUACAAGGAGCUGACCAAGUACGCCAUUCAGCAGCUGAACCUGCCCAACGUGGCCAUGUACCUCGACGCCGGCCACGCGGGGUGGCUCGGCUGGCCCGCCAACCUGCAGCCCGCCGUGGACAUGUUUGCCACUCUCUACAAGGACGCGGGCAAGCCGGCAGCUGUCCGCGGUUUGGCUACCAACGUUGCCAACUACAACGCCUGGAACAUCUCGUCGCCGCCGUCCUACACCUCGCCCAACCCCAACUACGACGAGAUCCACUACGUCCAGGCCAUGAGCCCGCUUCUGAACGCGGCCGGUUUCAACGCCCACUUCAUCACCGACACUGGCCGUUCGGGCAAGCAGCCUACCGGCCAACUCCAAUGGGGCGACUGGUGCAACGUGGUGGGCACCGGUUUCGGCAUGCGGCCGACGGCCAACACGGGGCUGGAGGUCGAGGACGCGUUUGUGUGGGUCAAGCCCGGCGGCGAGUCGGACGGCACGAGUAACACCAGCGCGGCGCGCUACGACUACCACUGCGGGCUCGAGGACGCGCUCAAGCCGGCGCCCGAGGCCGGCCAGUGGUUCCAGGCCUACUUUGAGCAGCUGCUGACCAACGCCAACCCGCCUUUCUAAGGGCGUGAUGGAUGUAUGGGAUAGGGGGUUGGAUAUUUGAAGUCGUCCAAAGAAAUAUGAUUUGAACCAAUUCAUGUACAUAGUUUAUAUCCUUACUCUCUCCGAAAGCCUCAGCAGGGCUUGGGGGACGUAC